UUUUUUUUUUGCUUGAAAUACAAUAUAAUGAGCCAGUUUGUAUUCCGUAAAGAACUUAAAGGUAUUGAUGCUUAUACUAGACACAAGAAGCUGAUCCAAAGUUACGCUACUUAUUAUAACAAGAAACGACCAAAAGAAUCCAGCAACAAAGAAACUCAUAAUCCUGAAUAUGAUAUUCUUCGGAAGCACCACCGGUUUGUUCAACCACAGAUAGAUGAUAAGGAAAUGACAUGGGAACAACGAUUGGCACAAAAGUAUUAUGAACAAUUAUUCAAAGAAUAUGCAUUAUGUGAACUCAGUUAUUACAAACAAGGCAAGAUUGCACUAAGAUGGCGAACUGAAAGUGAGGUGGUGAUGGGGAAAGGGCAAUUCAUAUGUGCAUCGACUCGUUGUGAUCAGACUACUCAUCUCACAAGCUGGGAAGUCAACUUUGGGUAUAUGGAAGAUGGUAUCAAGAAGAACGAAUUGGUCAAGGUACGUCUAUGUGAAGAUUGCUCUUACAAACUUAACUACAAGACACAAAAACGAAAAGUGAAACAGAAGGAAAAGAAUAAAAAGAAACGGAAACUUGAUGAACAUACCUCUGAUAAUUCUGAUCAAGACAUUGGAAAUCACAAAGGUUUGAUCAAGAGGAAAAAGACAAAGGAUGAUGGGUCUCCUGAAAAUGACGAUCACAAAACAUCAUCGAUUUGGAGCUCGACUGUGGAUACCAAGGAUGAAAAAACGAAAGAAGAGGAAUUUGAAGAUUAUUUUGCCGACUUGCUCCAGUGAUGUAUAGAUAAUACCAAUACUAUGGCCAAUUUAUAGUAGUUAAUGAUUAGAUAGGAUUAUUUUGUGUAGAUGUUUAUUUGAUUCAAUAAAAAUGUAUGUCAUCACCAUUCAUUCAUUCAUUCA